UCCAGAGGCAGUUGGAGGUACCGUCUUUCCCAGAGUCCAGAGACUGCCAGCGAGCUUCUGUCUAGAAGUCACCUCGCGAGUCCCAUCAAACCUCACCUAGUCCUCAAAAGAUGAUGAGUAAGGGUGGGGUUGGGAGCAAUGACAGCUCUUCUGGUGGUGAUGGGGCUAGUGGAGCGAGUGGCAGCCAUGAGGAAACCAGAGGUCAGGACUUGGGGCUUCCCUUGACCAUGAUGAGCAGGCCUGGGAUUCACAGCAUUGUGCCUUGCUUCAUAAGUCAGUUGCUCACUGCCAUUGAGGUUGAUAAUGUAUUUAAGGUCAGGGGGUUUACACUUCACCGGGUCUCCAUCGUGGGGAUGAUUAUGGAAGCCAAGAAAGCUUCGCAGUACAUCAUGUACAAGAUCGAUGAUAUGACCGCAAAGGGCAUUGAGGGCAGGCAGCCCCUGUCUCGAGAGAGAGCCAGGCAACCUGUGAUUCCACUGCCAGUUGGAGUGUAUGCCAAAGUGCUUGGUGUCCUCCAGUCCUCGGAUGGAACCACACUGCUUGGGAUCCUGAGCAUCCGCAUUCUAGAAGAUAUGAAUGAGCUCUUCACACACGCCCUGGAGGUCGUCAAAGUCCACAUGAUGCUGGAUCAAAGCCAUGAAGGCGUGACCCCAGGAAGGCAGCUCUUGACCCAGGCCCGAGCCCCAGAGUCAGUUGCCCGAGUUUCUAAGUAUUCUGAUCUUAAUUUCAUCCAUAAGGAGGUGCUGUUUCUGAUUCAAGAGUGUUCUCACCAGGAAGGGAAGGCUGUCACUGAGCUGCGAAGGGAGCUCCUUGGAGUUACUGAGGAAGCCAUCACUGAAGCCAUCGAGUAUCUGAUUGUGACAGGAUACAUCUCACCCACCAUGGAUCGCCAACACCUUAAAAUUGUUGGCUGAGACAAAGAACUGAGUGAAGUUUCUGAAGAUGUUUUUGUUUUGCUGUUUUGACUUAACAACCAAAAAAAACAAAAUCAAAACUGAGCAAAAUUCUCAGCUGGCAUCUGUUAACGUGCUAUUUCUAGCUCUGUUAAACUUGUUCUGAAGGUAUUUGAAGAGUGUUGGACCCAAAGACUGGACUUUAGUACAGUUUCUUUCCAAAAUAGUAGAAAUACCGUAGGAAAGAUUUGUAGAAGAAAAAAAAAAUUGUGUCCAAAUUAGAAUUAUUUUUCCUGUUUCAAUUAAUCUCUGUCAUGUUAAC